CAGACCCCGGUAGCACGUGGCGGGCGUAGCUGGCGUGCUUCUGAGCUGUUUGCGAGGCUGGGAUCCGCGCAGGGGCAGUUGGAUAGACCGCGGGUAAAGCCCUGUCUGUGCCGUUCCUGUCCCACCCCAGAAGGGCGGCUUCCGGUGGCGCCGAGAAGUCGGCGCGCGUCGGUCAUGGACUACCGGCGGGUGCUGAUGAGCCGGGUGGUCCCCGGGCAGUUCGACGAUGCGGAUUCCUCCGACAGUGAAAACACAGACUUGAAGAUAAUCAAAGAGGAGGAUGACAUUCUAGUUAAAGACCUUCAAGAUAAUGUGAGUGAGAAGAAGGAUGAAGGUGAGAUAGAAGAUGAUGAAGAGGAGGAUUAUGAUGAUGACGAUGAUUGGGACUGGGAUGAAGGAGUUGGAAAACUCACCAAAGGUUAUGCCUACAAUGGAGGAAGUAACCCACAGGCAAAUCGACAGACUUCCAACUGCAGUUCAGCCAAGAUGUCUACUCCGGCAGACAAGGUCUUACGGAAAUUUGAGAAUAAAAUUAAUCUAGAUAAGCUAAAUGUUACUGAUUCUGUCAUAAAUAAAGUCGCCGAAAAGUCUAGACAAAAGGAAGCAGAUAUGUAUCGCAUCAAAGAUAAGGCAGACAGAGCAACGGUAGAACAGGUGUUGGAUCCCAGAACACGAAUGAUUUUGUUCAAGAUGUUGACUAGAGGAAUCAUAUCAGAGAUAAAUGGCUGCAUUAGCACAGGGAAAGAAGCUAACGUAUACCACGCUAGCACAGCAAAUGGAGAGAGCAGAGCAAUCAAAAUUUAUAAAACUUCUAUUUUGGUAUUCAAAGACCGGGAUAAGUAUGUAAGUGGGGAAUUCAGGUUUCGUCAUGGCUAUUGUAAAGGAAACCCUAGAAAAAUGGUGAAAACUUGGGCAGAAAAAGAAAUGAGGAACUUAAUCAGGCUAAACACAGCAGAGAUACCAUGUCCAGAACCAAUAAUGCUAAGAAGUCAUGUUCUUGUUAUGGGUUUCAUUGGUAAGGAUGACAUGCCUGCACCACUCUUGAAAAACGUCCAGUUAUCAGAAUCUAAGGCUCGGGAGUUGUAUCUGCAAGUCAUUCAGUACAUGAGAAGAAUGUAUCAGGAUGCCAGACUUGUCCAUGCGGAUCUCAGUGAAUUUAACAUGUUGUACCGUGGUGGAGAUGUGUACAUCAUUGACGUCUCUCAGUCCGUGGAGCAUGACCACCCACAUGCCUUGGAGUUCUUGAGAAAAGACUGUGCCAAUAUCAAUGAUUUCUUUUUGAAGCACAGCGUUGCUGUCAUGACUGUGCGGGAGCUCUUUGAAUUUGUCACAGAUCCGUCCAUCACAUGUGGGAACAUGGAUGCUUAUCUCUCAAAGGCCAUGGAAAUAGCAUCUCAAAGGACCAAGGAAGAAAGGUCUAACCAAGAUCAUGUGGAUGAAGAGGUGUUUAAGCGAGCAUAUAUUCCUAGAACUUUGAAUGAAGUAAAAAAUUAUGAGAGGGAUAUGGAUAUAAUGAUGAAAUCGAAGGAAGAGGAUAUGGCCAUGAAUGCCCAACAAGACAAUAUUCUAUAUCAAACUGUCACAGGAUUGAAGAAAGAUUUAUCAGGAGUUCAAAAGGUCCCUGCACUCCUAGAAAAUCAAGUUAAGGAAAAGACUUGUUCUGAUUCAGAAGAUGCUAGAAGCUCUGAGUGCUCUGACACAGAUUCUGAAGAACAAGGAGACCAUGCCCAUGGUAAAAAACACACCACUGACCCUGACAUUGAUAAAAAGGAAAGAAAAAAGAUGGUCAAGGAAGCCCAGAGAGAGAAAAGAAGAAACAAAAUUCCUAAACAUGUAAAAAAAAGAAAGGAGAAGACAGCCAAGACCAAAAAAGGCAAAUAGAAUGAGAACUAUACUGUGUACAGUCAUUUUCCAUCAGUUAUUUUUCUUACUUGAACUCUAAGCUGCAUCUGGAAGAUGGCUUAUUGAUUUUAACCAAAUUGUUAUGAUGGUACUAUGAAGAUCGAUUCAAGUGCUUUCAUAUAACUAUGUAAAAAACUCUUAAGCUGUAGAGUCUAGAUCCAGUCACUGACUCUGUCUAGUGUUGAUAGGGUUUAUUUAAGCUACUAUUUUAAUGAAGAACUUUGUACAUUUUUAUUUUUGUAUUUUUUCUCUUGCAAAUAUGUUUUUAGAAGCAUCAUAAGUAUUUAAAUGUACUGAACAUCUAUAACAUUUAUGUGAGUAUAAAGGCACUUUGGACGAA